AUGUCUGACCGAACAGUUCGUCUUCAGAGCAGCCCAGUGAAAGCGACAAAGCCGCCUCCCAAUACUAGAAGAGAAAUGACAUCGACGCAUCUCCCCAAGGGCUCGCUUGUGCCCAACCCCGAAUUCUGUCAAAUUUUCCUGAACAAGCACGACGACCUCGAGGCUCUUUCCACCGACGCUGAAUUACUCGCACUUGCAUUGGCCUUCAGGGACAGCACGAAAACUGACUACACUAUGGUCGAGCAGCUUCUCAACCACAUGUGUAGAAAGAUACACGGUAAUUACGUUUUCUUCCUCUCCAUCGCACCACUAACCAUGUUGGUUAUUGUAGAGAAUAUUUGUCCGAAGGUAGAACCCCUCACCUUUCGCACCAACAGCCGGUAUACCCCAGCACAUCACCCGAAUGGAAUAGAAACCGGCCGGCCAGAUCUCAUUUGCGCACUUGCGAGUAUCAUUGCGAUGCUCGAUCUCGACUCCCGGAAGCGAAUGCCGUGGCACCUUGUCCUGUCAGCGAUCGAGGAGAAGCAAGCCUCUGAUUCACGCGCCGGUGCAGGGCAGUGCGGCGCUUACAUUGCAUGUGGCAAUCAGUCCCGCCCAGACUUGGUGGGGAUGUACGGCCUCUCUGUCUCGCCUUGCGGUUACCAAAUCCAGUACAGCUGUUCUGCGGGGCUCACCACAUCCGAAGAAUUCGACUGGGGCGAUGUCAUCGGACUCUUGCAGUAUGUCUACACACUUUACUGUCCCCGCCCCGACAGGCCGUCCGGAGACCCCUCCAUAACCCUGGCUUCCACCGACGACAUCUUUCGGCCGCCUACUUGGAACAUCGAUGUCGGUAACAAAAUCUACAAGAAUUGUCGAGUCACGUUCGUCGGACAGCCGUGGACGCGGAUGACAUGGGUUGUCAAGUCGGGGGGUGACGAGCCAAAAAGUCCUAUCAUGAUCAAGGACACGUACCGUGACGCUCGGACCCGCUUCAAGGAGGGCGAAAUGUACGAAAUCCUUCAUCGAGAAGGGACCGUGCCUGGAUUUGCCGCUGUCGAGCGCGAAUAUGAGGUCGAAUACGCCCCUGGGUACCCAAUUACGGUCUGCAUUAACGACUGCAUAAGAAUAAAGACCCGCUUGAUCAUGCAGACAUACGGUCGGCCUCUCACGAAAUGCAAGAACAUCGUGGACUUCUUCAAAGGGAUGUACGACAUUCUUGAAGCCCAUCGCUUCAUGUUCUCGGAGCGCAAGUUGCUCCACCGGGACAUCAGUCACGGAAACAUUGUUGUCGACGCUCAAGAUGCGACGGGCAUUGUCCCAUUCACAGGCGAGAAGCGUCCAGUGUAUAUCAACGAAGUUUUGACAGGCAAAGCGAGGGCAGAUCCGAUGGCGCGACUAAUCGACAUGGACAAUUGUGCCAACCUCGAUAAAACCAGGGUCGUGGCGAAGGGAGAGGACACCGACGACAAACCAUUGAGGUACCGUACUGGUACACCAAAGUUCAUCUCUCGAUCUGUCGCUCUCGGUGCAAUCCUGGAUCUCUAUGGGUUUCCCUCUAUGCCGGAGCUAGAGUCAGACAUCGUGGAGAAGUACCAUCAAGUGUACCACGACGACACCUCCGACAUGCGAAAGUUCUCUGACGAUGACACAACUACGCAUGGUGGCCAUCUCUCAAAAAAGCUCCAGAAGGCUUACAAAGAUAACGAUGCCCUUCGGUCGGCCAAUUUUGAACAUCAACCCCGUCACGACGCCGAGUCUGUAUACUGGUGUAUUGUUGCGUUCGUCUUACUUGCCAAGCCAUUGAACAACGACGAAGACAACAACGCCAAGGGACUUCGUGACAUAUGGUCGAACAUUGCGGAGCAUGAAGUUGGGAAAAUUCAGGACUCAAGGUCGUCUUUCUUCCAGAUGAGCUACUGGGCGCUAUGGUUGCACGAAGACCUCUCCUUCAUCGUUCCCUUGAUGAAGGAUCUCGGCGAACAAAUCGCCCCUGAAUGGGCACUUGUGACUCCGGCACCCAAACCCCUUCAUCUCCACGAAGCCAUGCAGCGCUUGAUACUCAACCAUGUCCACCUUUGGGAAUGUCAAAAGUUGAACGUCGAGCUGGACACUGUGACUCCUCGGUCGUACCCACGGGAGGAACGAAAGCAGAUGGCGCCCGGAAAAAACUAUCCCAUUCACGGCCAGGUUCUCAGCGGGCGUAAACGGGCGAACUCAACGGAACGAGAGGAAUCACAAUCGAAACGGCAACAUAGGAUGAAUGCGAAGGCUCUGAAAGGCUCCACUUCGUCUGCAUCUGCGAUGCCCAGCCUCAGCUUGUUCCCGAGCCGUCAGUCUUCGUCAUUCAAGCUAGACGAAGGCAGGCAGACGCCUGAGUAA